CAAGAGCUCCCGUGAAGACUAUCACUGUAGAUUGGCUUGACCUGAGAAUAAGCAGGGAUUCUUGACUAGAAUAAAGAUGAAUUCUGAGGAUUGUUCCCUAACAGAGAACAGCUCCUUGCAUCUGGAGAGAGGACAACAACCUCAUGCCACCAGCCCUCACUUUGUAACACAUCAUGAAGGGUCCCUUCAAGUUCCUGUUCCAUGUGCUGUAUUGAAUGUGGUCAUCAUCACUGUUUUAAUCAUAGCUCUCAUUGCUUUAUCAGUGGGCCAAUACAAUUGUCCAGCCCGAUAUAUGUACUCAGAACCAUCAAAUGGCCAUAUUUCUUCAUGCCCAGAUGAUUGGAUCGGAUACAAUGGAAAAUGCUACUUUAUUUCCAAUCUAACAAGCAACUGGAACUUGUCCCAAAACUCUUGCUUCAAACAUGGUGCUACUCUUGCACUCAUUGAUUCAGAAAAGGACAUGAUCUUUUUAAAACGAUUUGCGGGUAGAGCUGAACACUGGAUUGGGCUGAAAAAAGAUGCUGAACAGAAAUGGCAGUGGUCAAAUGACAAAGAAUUUAAUAACUGGUUCAAUAUUACAGGAUCUGAGAGCUGUGCAUUUCUGAAUAGCACAGAGGUCAGCAGCAGAGAAUGUGGAAAGAAUUUACACUGGAUAUGUAGCAAACCCUUCAAAUAAUGAGGAAUCCUGUUUGAUUAUAGACUAUCAUAACAUGGAACUCAAGGAAAUUUAUUUUGAUGGAUGUUGCUCUAUGGUCAGACGUUUUCCACAAAGACUUUGUGAACAAACUGUAUUAUUUUGGAAAUCUUCUUCCAAACAAGACUGUGGAACAAAGGGAGGGAGAUUCCAGGAAUAUCUGCAAUGUGGAAUACCCCUGUCAUGAGCUGAAAACAUCACAGAUUGACUGAUAAUUAUGUUCAAGAUUGAGAAGAAUGACUUUGAACUCUUUGAAUGCACUUUAUACUUUUCAAAUGCAGAAAUAAUAAAAUAGCUAGGUAUAGAGUUAUUUAUUGUUAAAUGACUACCAACAAUGAGUGUCUUCCAUGCAUUUGCACUAUUUGAAGGUGUUAGAUGGUGGUAUUAAAAACUGAAUGUAAACAAACAGAAUCUUAACUGGUAACACAGAUAUUUACUCCAAAUGAAUUUUUUUUUAAACUCAGAGAACACUUAUAAGUGGACAAAUGCUUAUGAAACUAAGCUUUGUAAUAUUUCUCUCUUCUUUGGAGAAGUUUGCUGGGGUUUUUUGUCAUUUUUUUCCCACAAAAGAAUGGGAUGACCAUGUAUUUAUGUCAUCAUUUUUUUUUUUUACUUCUUCAAUGUAGACUUGUCUUUUUCAACGGUACAUAAUUCAUUGCUUUUAAAGCCUUAUACAUAGUGUUUUAAAAAGAUAAAGACAAAGCUAAAAAAUAUGAGGAAUAUUUGUAAAACAUGUAAGUGUUGGAAAUUGUGCAAUAUAUGAUGUGGCAAUUCCCCACUAGGAAAAAUUCUGUAUUGUUCAAACCUAGAAUACCAGUCUUAUCUGAUUAUAGAUCUGUGUCUCACCUAAUCAAUUCUAUCAUGUGCAGUACUUCAUGUGAAGUAUGUUUUAGUGCAAUCAAGUGUUUUGUUUGUCUUUUGUAUUCAGUGCAAUU